GACCGCCACCUCCCCGCCCGCCGCCAUUUUGGCUGGUGCGCGUCGCUUCCGCCGCUGGAAGUAAACAGAGAGCGAGCAGGGAAGGAGCGAAGCAGUGACGCGGGCGGCACGGGACGGACCGGACGGCCAGGGCGGAGGAGGUGGCGCUGGGGUCGGCUUUGGCGGAGAGAGCUGAUGUGGCCGGAGCGGAGGCGCCAGCGCGGCCCGAGCCCCGGUUAAUGCGAAGCGCAGCAGGGAGCCGCCAGAAUGAAACGAGGAAGGAAAACUAAUGAGGCCAACAGCAGUUCAUCUGAAGACACGACUGAGAAGGAAUCCAAGAGACACAAGGUUGUAGAAAAGAGAAACACAGUUGUGCAGAGUCCUGACUGGGCAAACCUGCUCCAAGACAUUAUCCUGCAGGUGUUCCAGUACUUGCCACUUCUGGAUCGUGCUCAUGCAUCCCAGGUCUGCAGGAGCUGGAACCAGGUGUUUCAUAUGCCUGAUCUCUGGAGGUGCUUUGAAUUUGAACUGAAUCAACCAGCCACAUCAAACCUGAGGACUACGCACCCUGAACUAAUCAAGCAGAUCAUAAAGAGGCAUUCCAAUCACCUGCAGUAUGUUAGCUUCAAGGUGGACAGUAGCAAGGAAUCUGCAGAAGCAGCUUGUGAUAUUUUAUCACAGCUUGUGAAUUGCUCUCUGAAAACACUUGGGCUAAUUUCAACUGCCCGGCCAAGCUUCAUGGAUUUACCAAAGUCUCACUUUAUUUCUGCACUGACAGUGGUGUUUGUGAACUCUAAAUCCCUCUCUUCACUGAAGAUUGAUGACACACCAGUAGAUGAUCCAUCUCUCAAGGUUCUGGUGGCUAACAACAGUGACACACUCAAACUGUUGAAAAUGAGCAGUUGUCCUCAUGUUUCUCCAGCUGGUAUCCUUUGUGUGGCUGACCAGUGCCAUGGCUUGCGUGAGCUGGCGCUGAAUUACCAUCUGCUGAGCGAUGAGCUGCUGCUGGCUUUGUCUUCUGAGAAACACGUCAGGCUAGAACACUUGCGCAUUGAUGUUGUCAGUGAAAAUCCCGGACAGACUCAGUUCCACACGAUUCAGAAGAGCAGCUGGGACGCUUUCAUCAAGCAUUCUCCUAAAGUGAACCUAGUCAUGUACUUUUUCUUGUAUGAGGAGGAGUUUGACCCGUUCUUUCGUUACGAGAUCCCCGUCACUCACCUUUACUUCGGAAGGUCGGUCAGCAAGGAUGUGCUGGGCCGCGUUGGGAUGACGUGCCCGCGGCUGGUGGAACUGGUGGUGUGUGCCAAUGGAUUACGGCCGCUGGACGAGGAGCUGAUCUGCAUCGCGGAGCGGUGCAAGUACCUGUCGGCCGUGGGCCUCGGAGAAUGUGAAGUCUCUUGCAGUGCCUUUGUUGAGUUUGUGAAGAUGUGUGGCGGUCGCCUCUCUCAGCUCUCUAUUAUGGAGGAAGUUUUGAUUCCUGAUCAGAAAUACAGCUUAGAGCAGAUCCAUUGGGAAGUUUCAAAGCAUCUUGGUAGAGUCUGGUUCCCAGACAUGAUGCCCACAUGGUAAAGUCCUUAAAAGACUCCAGGGCGAAUGGAGUAGCACCUUAAAACCAAGCUUACCAUAUUGCAAUUUCUUGUAUAAGCUUAUUUAAUAAUAUAGAUUUUACUGCAAGUUAAUUAAUGGUUUGAUUAAAAAAUUAAUUUUUCUUUCAAAAAUUGUUUUGGAACUUAAGAACCACAAAUAAGAGUUCACAGCUCCAAAACCUGUUUUCAACCAAACAAAAUUCAGCUUUCUGUUUUAGAUUUAUUCUUUGUCAUUGCAAGUGACCUCAAAUGUUUUUGGAAAUAAUUUUUAUUUAAAAUAUUGAAAUCUACUUGCAAAAUACCAGUUUUAAUAUACUGUUUUUCUUUGAUUUAGAUUAGUAGUACUGGACACAAUCAUAUUUGAUCUUAAACAGCCAAACAAAACCCCACCAAAAUUGCAUGCUUUUGUUGCAGACUGUAGCAUUUCUAAAUCCAGUCACCUUGAUGACAAGAUGGCGAUUGUAAGAAGUGUUUAGUAGCCCUUAAAAUACACACAUUCUGUUAAGUCAUAAAGGCAAGAGCAAUACACAAUAAUGUUUGAACAACUAAAGUAGUAAGUUUACCACCUUAUUCAACAGAUUAUUAGAUCCAUGUAAAGCGUAUUUAGAGUGCUAACGACCAGUAGUGUGAGCUACCCAAAGCGGUGUGGGGUCUCUUCCACCCUCUAUGCAUUUUAAUGUAGUUUGCUUAUGGGGUCUCAGAUCUGCGUCUAAACCUGUUUUAAGGUAUUUUAUGUCUAGCUCAGGAAGCAAAAGCAUUCUGGGGAAAAAUGUAGAUACAUUGUAUUUAAAACCACACUGGAGUUAAUGAGCUUUUCUUGCACAUUAACCGGUUUGGCAGCAUACGGUGAGAUGGAAUAAUGUAUGGUUUGUGAAAUGGACCCAGCAAUGUUAUUCUGAGGACAUGGGUGUGAGCAGUGGGAGGUGAGCAAGGUAAAAUUUGAAUGUUGACCAAGACACUUUUCACAAAACCUUAGACCUUCUGGCUGCUUUCAGUUUGACAGAACUGACAUUGGAACAGUUGCUUAAGCUGUAUAAACUAACUGUAUACUGUAAAUCUGUUUCAGAAAUGUUUAUGUAUAAAGUGGAUGUUUGAUAGAUAAUAAUUUUUGUAUACUUUUAAUUCAGCUAGUUCUGUCAUUUCAUAAUAUUUAACAACCCAAAAGAGUAGACUUGG